AUACAUAACCAAAAAAAAAAAAAAAAAANACCAAUUUUUAUCAUUUAUCAUCAGCCACAUUUCUGUCUAUCUGUCCUAAACCUGAGCCUCUGCUCCCAAUUACUCCCUCCAUUUUCCCCCCUCUCUCUCUGUUUUUUCUUCUUGAAUUUUCACAUCACAGUUUGGGAAAACUUCCCCUGUUUUCUCUCUUCUGAAACUCAAAACCAAAGAGAAAAGAAAGAAGGAAAAGAAAAGUUGAAUUGAGGGAUUACCCAUUAAAGGUUUUUCAUUUGCCAUUAGCUGUUUGUUUGUUUCUGGUACUUUUCUCUGUCAUGUACAAACCCACAAACACAAAAACACAAAUUCCCUCUUCCCUCAAACCUUUUUUCCGUGGGUUGAUUUGAUUUCUCUCUCUCACCCUUUUCUUAGAACCUCGAGAUUGGCGUCUUUGAUUAAGACUUCCAUCACUCUCUCUACCUCUUCUUCUCAUUCUUCUCUCCAUUUUUGGGUUUUUUUUAAGCAGUAACAGAGAGUAACACUUGAUGGAGAGAGGAGGCUCUCUUGGAGAGAGCCUGCCUGAGAAGAACAAAAACAACAACAAACAGCAUCAUCAAACCAACAAAGACGAAGAACAAGAAGAACCCACCACUCAAAAACACUUUUGCUGAAAAACUGAGAUCCCCAUUUCCAUUUUACUCCUAAAAAGACUGGAAAAAAAAGGCAAACGAGGUUUUUGUUGAUUAGAGCACCAGAAAGUACUUUCUGGGUCGCCUUUUCUUUGCUGAUUUAGAGUUGCUGAGGGGGAUUUUUUCUUUUCUUUUAUGGCUCUUGUCAUGCAUAGAGAUUCCUUGAAUAAGCAGAUGGAUACAAGCAAGUAUGUGAGAUAUACGCCUGAACAAGUCGAUGCAUUAGAGAGGGUUUAUGCAGAAUGCCCAAAACCCAGUUCGUUGAGGAGGCAACAGCUCAUUCGGGAGUGUCCUAUUCUCUCUAAUAUUGAGCCUAAGCAGAUCAAAGUUUGGUUCCAAAAUCGCAGAUGUCGUGAAAAGCAAAGGAAGGAAGCUUCUCGUCUUCAAACAGUUAAUAGGAAGCUAACUGCGAUGAACAAGCUGUUGAUGGAAGAGAAUGACCGUUUGCAGACGCAGGUCUCUCGUUUGGUUUAUGAGAACGGAUACAUGAGACAGCAACUGCAUACUGCAUCUGGAACAACCACAGACAAUAGCUGUGAGUCUGUGGUCAUGAGUGGUCAACAGCAUCAACAGCAAAACCCAACUAAGCAUACUCAAAAGGAUGCUAAUAACCCAGCUGGUCUUCUUGCAAUAGCCGAGGAGACCUUGGCAGAGUUCCUUUCCAAGGCAACAGGAACUGCUGUCGACUGGGUACAAAUGAUUGGGAUGAAGCCUGGUCCGGAUUCAAUUGGGAUUGUUGCUGUUUCCCGCAAUUGCAAUGGGGUAGCAGCACGAGCCUGUGGUUUAGUGAGUCUUGAGCCCAUGAAGGUGGCCGAAAUUCUCAAAGAUCGUCUGUCAUGGUUUCGUGACUGCCGGUGUGUUGAUGUACUAAGUGCAAUCUCUACAGGAAAUGGGGGGACCAUUGAACUCUUAUAUAUGCAGACAUAUGCACCUACAACUUUAGCUGCAGCACGUGACUUUUGGACUCUUCGAUACACUACAAGCUUGGAAGAUGGCAGCCUUGUGAUAUGUGAGAGAUCAUUAACGUCAUCUACUGGUGGUCCAUCAGGGCCCCCUCCAUCCAGUUUCGUAAGAGCUGAAAUGCUUCCAAGCGGGUAUCUUAUUCGAGCUUGUGAAGGUGGUUCCCUUAUUCACAUUGUCGAUCAUGUUGAUUUAGAUGUUUGGAGUGUUCCUGAAGUUCUAAGGCCACUUUAUGAAUCAACAAAGAUUCUAGCUCAGAGAAUGACUGUUGCUGCCUUACGCUAUGUUCGGCAAAUUUCUCAAGAGGCAAGUGGAGAAAUUCAAUUGGGUGGAGGCCGCCAACCGGCUGUUUUAAGGACUUUCAGUCAAAGGCUUUGUAGGGGUUUUAAUGAUGCAGUAAAUGGAUUUGUGGAUGAUGGUUGGUCGCUUAUGGAUAGCGAUGGAGUAGAAGAUGUGACAGUUGUUAUUAAUUCAUCUCCAAACAAAUUCCUCGGUUCGCAAUAUAACACAUCAUUAUAUCCUACUUUUGGAGGUGUAUUGUGUGCCAAGGCAUCAAUGUUGCUCCAGAAUGUCCCCCCUGCUUUGCUUGUUCGUUUCCUACGAGAGCAUCGUUCAGAAUGGGCUGAUUAUGGAGUUGAUGCAUACUCUGCCGCAUGUCUUAAAGCCAGUGGAUAUGCUGUUCCAUGUGCGAGACCCGGUGGCUUCCCUAGUGGUCAGGUCAUUCUACCACUUGCACAUACAGUUGAGAAUGAGGAGUUCUUGGAGGUCGUUCGGUUAGAGGGCCAUGCUAUGUUCCCUGAAGAAGCUGCUUUAGGAGGACGGGAUAUGUAUUUAUUGCAGCUGUGUAGUGGGGUUGAUGAAAGUACAGUUGGUGCCUGUGCUCAGCUUGUAUUUGCACCUAUAGAUGAAUCAUUUGCCGAUGAUGCUCCCUUGCUGCCCUCUGGUUUUCGUGUCAUACCAUUGGAGUCCAAAACAGAUGUGCCUGCAGCUACUCGAACGUUGGAUUUGGCAUCUACUCUCGAAGUCCGAUCUGGAACUACCCGCACAGGAGGUGAAAUUGAUGUUACAAACUACAACCUCAGGUCAGUCUUGACUAUUGCAUUCCAAUUCACUUUUGAGAACCACAUGCGAGAUAGUGUGGCUGCUAUGGCAAGACAAUAUGUCCGAACUGUUGUGGGAUCAGUUCAAAGGGUUGCCAUGGCUAUCGCCCCCUCGCAGCUUGGCUCCCAAAUUGGUCCAAAAAGCCUUCCCGGCUCCCCAGAGGCUCUCACAUUAGCUCAGUGGAUCGUGCGAAGCUAUAGGAUCCACUCAGGGGCAGAACUCUUUCAGGUUGAAUCCCAAUCUGGUGAUGCUAUAUUGAAGCAGCUUUGGCACCACUCAGAUACAAUCUUGUGCUGCUCUGUCAAAACUAAUGCAUCCCCUGUUUUCACAUUUGCGAACCAAGCUGGACUCGACAUGCUCGAAACUACCCUUGUUGCUCUUCAAGAUAUAACGCUUGACAAAAUCCUCGAUGAUGCUGGUCGGAAGAUACUGUGCUCCGAAUUCUCCAAGAUAAUGCAACAGGGAUUUGCAUACCUUCCAGCAGGGAUAUGCAUCUCGAGUAUGGGCAGGCCGGUGUCGUAUGAACAGGCAAUUGCAUGGAAAGUUCUGAAUGAUGAUGAUGUCCAUCAUUGUCUGGCUUUCAUGUUUGUUAACUGGUCCUUUAUGUGAUUGAAAAAAUGUGGUUCGAUCAGGUUAUUUAUUUACUAAGUUAUAUAGUUAUCAAACGAAACAAAAAAGAAUAGUAGAUGCGAAUGUAAUUUGCAGGAUUUGAAGGUAAACUUUCAUGUGCAUUGUAAUUUUGUUUUGGUUAAACUAUAUUUUCAUC